UUUCCCCAUUUCUACUCCGAUGAAUAAGAUGAAAAAACCAACGGAUUCCUCCGCCGCCGCCGGUGCUACGCCACGGCCAGAUCCACCAGUGAACACUGAAUCAGUCCGAACAGAAGCUCAACAGUCGGAAUCACAACCAAAACAUUCCCCGGAAUUGAUCAUUGCCAAUCUCAGCAAACUCUCGGACGGACUCUUCGCGUUCCAGCGAUGCUUGACUGACCUAGAACAACACAUUGAUUCCGCACGGACCUCAAUUGACUCCGCUAUGCAACUACUGCUCACUCCGCCACCAGUGACACUCCCAACCCCAGAGCCAGAGCCAAAGCCAAAUCCAGAACAAGAACCAGAGCCAGAACCAUCUUUCGAGUCUGACCCCUCUGAAGAUGAAGAGGAUGAGGAUGAGGAUGAGGUGGAGAAGGAUGAGGAUGAGGAGGAGGAGGAGGAGGAGGAGGAGGAGGAGGAAUUGAAAUCGAAAUCGUCUUCUCGUUCAGAGCUGGAAAUCCUGUGCAAAACGAUGGACUUUGCUGGUCUGAAGAGGUACAUCGUGAGGCAUAUCUCAGAUAAAGAUGGAUUGCGUAAACAACUUCCUAAGGCAUUGAAACUGUCGCGCAACCCAGCAAGGCUUGUAGUGCAAUGUAUCAACAAGGGGAGCAAGAAGCAUGUUAAUAGCUCAAGGGGACGGGCUUCUUUAUUGGCUAUGGAAUGCCUCUUGUUGAUGAUGGGAGAAAGGAGAGUAGUUACGAUUGAUAAACGGACGGAAAAUGAGGCAGAGCAGGCAGCUUUAGCAUGGCGGGCGAGGCUGAUAUCCGUAGGAGGUAUAGGAAAGGCUCAGGAAAUGGAUGCCCAGGGUUUGCUGUUACUCAUUGGGUGUUUCGGGAUUCCUCAAGGAUUUAUGGAUAGGGAUAUCAGAUUUUUGUUCAAGGCAGGUGGCGCCAUGGAGAUUUCUGGUGCCCUUAGGAGAUCAAGAGUUCUCAUGGAAAAGAUUCCGAAAAUAAUACAGUGGAUGUUGAAUAACUCUUUAGUAGUUGGGGCCAUUGACAUUGCCUAUACUUUUGGAAUGGGGAACAGAUAUAACCCUCGUAAAAUCUUGACAUCAUUUUUACAUAACUCUGAAGUGUCAUAUUUGAACAAUACUAAGGGACUUGAACAUCAAAGUAUUGCUGUGCGUGCAGGUAAAGAGAAGCACUUGUCUGAUCUGAAAUCUGUCGGGGAAUGUUUGGAACGCCACAAGAUUGAUCCUUCGAAACUCCUUCCUGGUUGGCAAAUCGAUGUGAGAAUAAUGAACUUGGAGAAAGAUAUUGCUGAUUUGAAUAUGCAUAUAGGUGAGAAAGAAGUUAAUGAAUUGACUAGGCAUAUAGGUGAUCAGAAGAUGACACAAAAGAGAAAAAUUGGUGAGACUGAGUCGUCUGGUAGUUUCAGCAACAAAGAAAUGAAACCCUCACAUUUUCCAAAUCCAAAUUCAUGGCCUCUACAACAACAUAGAGUUGUUAAUCAUGUUGAUGAUAGCAACAGCACCUUGUUAGAACGUGGUGGAACUGCCGGCCAAAUUUAUGGUUAUUCUCUGGCCCCGUCUGUAUUGCAUGGAAAUGUUGCAGGCUCAAUACAUCAAAAUGCUGUUGGCUCACUGGCAGGACCUGUGGGAGGUGCUGUGGCCAUGGAUGGAGCUGGUGCAGGUAAUUCAGUGAAAGGAGGUUCAUGUGUUGAAGUUCAUGGAGGGACUCUAGUUGCUCAUACACCUAGUCAAAUAGGAAGUCAUACUGGUCAGUUAUAUGGACCCCCUGGUGAUGCAGCUGUGCAUGACAGACUGACCUCCCACACCUAUGCUUAUAGGCUGCCAUCCUACUUUGAAGCAUCGGGCUCUAUGGGGUUGCCAAACGCCAUGCCUGGUGAUGCUUAUAGGCCUCCACCAUAUUUGGAAGGCUCUAUGGGGUUGCCAAACAACAUACCCGGUGAUGCUUAUAGGCCAACACCAUACAUGGAAAGCUCUAAGGGUUUGCGAAACAACAUAUCUGGUGAUGCGAAUCAGCCUCCACCAUACAUGGAAGGCUCUGCACGGUUGCCAAACACCAUACCUGCACCAUAUCAGUUUGCUGAUACUGUUCCAUCUGCUGCCCUUGCUCAUCCUUCACCCUCCUUGUACUGGAAGAGAUAGUUUGCAUUGGGCAGGCAUUGUUUCUAACUUAAUUUCCCUUUUGUAGUAUACCCAAUCUAGAAGUGAUCUCAUGCGCAUGGUCUUGGAGAAGGUUGUGUUUCAUUAGCUACUAUAAAGCUCUGGCGAAUGUUCUGCUUAGCAUAGUGAUGUCUAAAUUCAACCUGGAAAACUUUCAUUUGUUUGGAAAGAUGUCAAAAAUUACAA